AUGUCUUCCCCUGCUGAGCUUUACAAUUCACUUCCACCGAUAAGUAAAGCAUACGGGACAGCAUGUUUGUUAACUACUAUUGCAUGUCAAAUUGGGUUUCUCCAACUUGAUCACAUUGCAUUGCUCCAUGAGCUAGUGAUCUUUCGUUUUCAGGUGUGGCGGCUGAUUACAAACUUCCUUUUUUUAUUUUUGGCAAAUAUUCUAUCAAUUUGGAUUCGCCUCUUAAUGAUAGCAAGAUAUGGAGUCCAACUGGAAAAUGGACCUUUCCAAAGACGCAUAGCAGAUUUCUUGUGGAUGAUGAUUUUUGGAGCUUUGUCACUAUUGGUUCUAUCUGCAAUACCCUUCUUCAGGUCCUAUAUCUUAGGGAUAUCACUUGUUUUCAUGCUUCUAUAUGUCUGGAGUAGAGAACAUCCAGAUGCCACCAUCAACAUAUACAGCCUUGUGUCUCUUAAGGCAUUUUAUCUACCAUGGGCCAUGCUCUGUUUGGAUGUUAUUUUUGGUUCUCCAAUUGUGCCAGAUCUUUUAGGAAUUAUCGCAGGACAUCUCUAUUACUUCCUGACUGUGUUGCAUCCAAUGGCGGGUGGGAAAAACAUAUUGAAAACUCCAGUUUUGAUACAGAACCUAGUUGCACGAUGGAGAAUUGGAGCUCCAGGAAAUUACUCCUCCCAGCCUGAAAGAACUUCUGGUGGGGCAUUCAGGGGAAGAUCUUACCGACUUGCUCGAUAA